AUGGCUCACAUGCAGAAGGUCAUCUGCGAGCGCAUGGCGCGCGCGUCCGCAACCUCCGAGGACGGCAUGUCUCGACAGCUGUACCGCGCCGCUUUGGGCACGCUGCCUCGCGGCGGCGGCAACGGCGACGACAUCCGCCUCGGCAUCCUGCAGCUUAUGCGCGAGAACGGCAUCAAGGAGGGGCACCGCCCGGGUAUCGAGGACCCGUUCAUCGCGCAGUGGCACCAGAAGCUCCACUCCAACACCACAGUCGAUGACAUCUACAUCUGCGAGGCGUACCUCCACUUCCUCCACACCGGCAACUGGGACGAUUUCUGGACGCACCUGUGGGACAACCACGGUUUGACCCGCGAGGACCUCGCGGCGAUGAAGGCUGGCUGGCGCACCGACGGCAUCACCGGCCCCGGCAACCACCUCCCGCAGCUCAUCAACCCCAUGAAGCAUUUUUACUGGAUCCUUCGCAUCACCCACGGCGGCGGCAACAUGGAUUCCGCGAUGGAUUUCGCCAGGGGGAAGAUGCCCGAAGACGUUCAGAACGAGAUCUACGACCUCCUCGCCAACAGGGACGAGUACUGGGCCCCCAACAAGAUUGUCGAGCUGCGCGAACGCCUCUCCGGCACCUGGAGGUACGGGGACGUGACCGAAAGAGACGUGGUUUUACUCGACAUCGCCAUGGAGAAGUUCUACAGGCAAAAGAUCGAGGGCUUGGACUUAACCGGGUGGGACUACGACGCGAGGCUCGGCCAGCUCGAGAUGUCCAUCCGCAACGUGCUGGUGGGCCAAGAUUUCGACAGGCUCGUCACCGCGUACGACUUUUUCCGAAAGGCAAACGGGGGCGAGAACGGUUUGACCCGCUGGAGCCCCGAGUGGGCCAAGGUCAUGGACGCGGCGCUCGAGUCCGUCUCGCUCGCCAUGGAACACCACAUGGACCAGCUGUGCGAACUCGUCCAGCACCCCGCCGACGUCAUCGGCGAGCAAGCGCAGUGCGAUCCCGCGUACAUCACGAAUUUCGGCGAGGAACUCGCGGACGUCCAAGGCGUGGACUACUCCGCCGCCCCGGUGGUCAUCCUCUCGGCCAAACUGGGCGGGCUGGAAGAUAUCCCCCCCGGCGUCGCCGCCGUGCUCACCGCCGCGCCCGUCGACUUGCUGUCGCACAUCGCGAUCCGCGCGAGGCAGACCGGGGUGCUCCUCGCCGCGAUGCCGGACCCCGCCGGCUGGGAGGCGUUGGUCGCGAGAGCAGGCCAGGGCGUCAAGAUCGAAGUCGUCGGCGAGGAGAUUAAGGUUUCCGAGUCGGAGCUCGGGGCGGCUGCUGUGGUGUCUGCGUCCUCCUCGACCGCGGGCGCGCCCAAGCUCACGCUCGUCCCCAAGGCGGACACCGCGGACUGGCUCGUGACUCCGGAUAAGUACGCCCCCGGCGUCGUGGGCGGUAAGUCGUCUUCGCUCGCCAAGCUCGGCGUCUCCCCGGCGAUCGCGACCUUCGGCGCCGCCGUUCCCGCGUCCACCGCUUUGCCUUUCAACGCGUUCGAGAAGGCUCUGGCGGCUGAUCCCGCGACUAACGCCAAGGUGACCGCCGCUUUAUCCGCCGUCGCCGCCGCGGACGCCGCCGGCGACGCCGCCGCUCGCCGCGCCGCCCUCGACGCGAUGCGAUCGACCAUCGCGUACGAUCUCGCGAUGCCCGACGACCUCGUCGCGCCCCUCGCCGCCGCCGCGGCUGCGUACGGGAACACGUGCGCGCCCGCCGACGUCUACCAGGCUGUCAAGAAGGUGUGGGCGUCCAAGUGGAACGAACGCGCGUUCCUCUCGCGGAAAGCCUGCGGCGUGCCGGACGAUUCGCUGCACAUGGCGACGUUGCUCAUGGAGGUUGUCCCCGCGGAGCACGCGUUCGUGCUGCACACGGCGAACCCGCUCACCGGCGACGCCGGCGAGGUGUUCGGCGAGGUGUGCGUCGGGUUGGGCGAGGCGUUGGUCGGUAACGAGCCGGGAAGCGCGCUGUCCUUCACGGCGGCCAAGACCCCAGGUUCAAUCCCGAUGGUUAAACAGCUGCCUUCCAAACCCAUCGCGCACCGAACGCCGUACACCACGAUGAUAGUUCGCUCCGACUCGAACGGCGAAGAUCUCGAGGGCUUCGCGGGUGCCGGACUGUACGAUUCCGUCACCGUCGUGGCCACCGAGGAGAGCGUCGUGAGGUACGCCGACGAACCGUUGGUUUGGGACGAGCCGAUGAGGACGCGGCUGAUGUCCAGGCUCGCCGAGCUGGCAGUCGCGGUGGAGGCUGAGAUGGGAUGCCCGCAGGACAUCGAGGGGUGCGUCGUCGGCGAGCACAUCUACGUGCUUCAGAGCAGGAACCAGGUGCUGUGAGGUUCGUCGUCGCGACCGGAAUCUUGUUUUGUUUGAAUGAACUUUUACGUGUUGUAUUGGACCUGUAUUGGAACUGUCGCGAA